AUUUUACCCACCACGCCGGUUUGACAUUUCAUGCCGAUAAACUUUUCGCGUUUCUGCUCGUUUCAAGUGAUUUUAUUGUAGGUUUUUCAGUAUAUUCCGUAAUUUUGGUUUAAAAUGGAUAUUCGACCGAAUCACACUAUAUACAUCAACAAUCUAAAUGAGAAAAUCAAAAAGGAGGAGCUAAAAAAAUCGCUCUAUGCGAUUUUUUCCCAGUUCGGUCAGAUCCUGGACAUCGUCGCUCUGAAGACGCUCAAAAUGCGAGGCCAGGCAUUCAUCGUCUUCAAAGAGAUUGGAAGUGCUACGAAUGCGAUGCGAACAAUGCAGGGUUUCCCGUUCUACGACAAACCGAUGCGUAUCAACUACUCCAAAACGGACAGCGAUAUGAUUGCUAAGCUAAAGGGAACCUUCAAGGAGCGUCCGAAAAAGGCCAAGGCCCCCAAACCAAUUCAGCAGGAAGAGAAGAAAUCCAAAAAGCAGAAGAAUGCCGAUGCCGGAACAGCGACCAGCAAUUCGACGACAGCCGAACAGCCUCCGAACCAGAUUCUUUUCCUCACCAAUCUGCCGGAGGAAACCAACGAGAUGAUGUUGUCUAUGUUAUUCAACCAGUUCCCCGGGUUCAAGGAGGUCCGUCUGGUGCCGAAUCGUCACGAUAUUGCUUUCGUGGAGUUUGCUACCGAGCUGCAAAGUGGUGCCGCUCGGGAGGCACUACAGGGCUUCAAGAUUACGCCAACGCACGCGAUGAAGAUAUCGUUUGCCAAGAAGUAAACGGCCUGGUGGAGCAAACCUUUUUGAUUGUGCAGGGGCCCGCCGAAGGGAAAACUGGUCACCGCGAGAGGAGUGCUUCAUUUGCCACAGGUACUUGUUCAGUUGGUUUGAAUAGAGUGAGGUUAUAUUGGAAAUUCAGUUUUUAUUUUUAGGAUCAGCUUGUCCGUUCGGUCUUGAUGUCUUGAACGAUCUUUGUGUUCUAGAAAGGAAAGCAGCUUCGAUAUGGACAUCCGAUCGAUUUUGCCAUUUGGAACGAAAAUAGAUAGUUCCGUUUGUAGAGGAAUCGAAAAUUGCUAGGAUUUCAAGCCAGAGAGCUGCUCUUGAAAAAAGUUGAAUUUUACCGAUGUCACAGCGACAUUAGCUGAUUGUGUCGACAACCUGCUGUUUUAGGAUUGAGGAAGCUGCAGCGAAAGUUCCCGUGUUGAUAGGGACAGGAUCAGACAUCUUAGUCGAUACAUAGCAGUCUUAAAAAAAAGAGGUGGGACACUAAACAGACGCAAAUAAAACUUUA